GCUACGUGCCGCCAUGGACGCAGACAUUGACGCACGCUUAGUAACAAUGGAAGAAAUUCUCAUUGAAGCCGUACGCCAACGACCUUCAAUCUACGACAAAACGAAAGCUGUUUACAGAAGUACUAGAAUUCGCGAACAAGAAUGGCAAGAAGUAGCUCAAGCUGUCAACGUCGCAGAUGCCGAGGUCGUGAAAAAACGCUGGCGUUCGUUGCGCGAUUCGUUCAUUAAAAUACAGAGAUCGCUCAAACACAAUCCCGGGCAGGUGAUCAAGUGGGUAUACUACAAGAGGCUGAUGUUUCUGAUACCUCAUAUCGAGUCGAAGGAAAUCUCAGCAGAUGGAACUUUUAAAACGGACGAUGAGGAAACUCAGGAUACGUCACAUGUUGACUGUGAAUCAGAUAUUGGAAUUGACUUUUUAAAAAAGUUAGAGGCUUCUGAUUUAUUGGGUAAUAGAGCGAAGAAAAAACACGUGGAGGAGGAUCCAUUGUCGCCUGAUAUUUUUGUAAAGAAAAAGAAACACAGUGAUGAAUGUCGUACUUCAAACGUGACAGAAAUGGACGCUGAUGAGCAGUUCUUGUUGAGUUGCUUGCCAGCGUUGAAGAGGUUGCGGCCUAGAGAUAACGCGAUAGCAAGGAUGAGGAUUCAACAAGUUUUGUUUGAUGUUGAGUUUGGAGAAGAGGAGCAAAGCGAGGAAGUUGUGACUAAAGUGGAAGAAGAUGACUGAAGUUUGGGUUUAUUUUUUAGGUUGUUAGAUUUUGUAAAUUUAA